CUUGUUAGGCUAGGCAGAAGAAUGGGCUGAACAUUUAUUUCCGGAAGUAAACAUUUCAUUCAAUUUGUAUUUUCAAGACAUAUGCGAAAUAUCUUUUUGCGCAUAGAAGUCAGGUUGUCAGAAAUACACAAUCUCUUACUUUUUGUUAAAUUGUUGUCAGGGUGCUGUAAACAAGAUGGACGUUUUAUCCAUACAAAUAAGGACCACCAGAAAAUCUCGUUGUUUUUUGCUUUUGAACGAUCAAGCAUGACUUACAUCUUUGUAUCCAGACUGUGUUUACUGCGCAGUUAUCUAUCAUGCUGACACAUAGUCUUCCAAGCAGAUCUGUUCCAAUGACAACCAAGGUGUUGAAAAAGUAUCUGAACGAGCCGUCUCCUCUUGAUGGGUUUUUCGAGCUGAAAGAGCUAUCUCUUGUAAGCCAUAUUGAAGCUCUAAAGAGGAUAGCGAAUGAGGAUUCGCCAUCUCAAAAUUUUAACUGUUCUUCAAAUAACACAUGUCUUCCGGUUUUGUUAAAUGUACCCAACGGCUCAGAACAAUCAUCGCUCUCAAGUAUACAAAAUAGACCUUCGUCUAAUCAUAAUGCAUGGACUGUAGAUCCUGCAUCAGUUCCUGGAAAUUUGAGAGGUGAAACCACCUCAAAGCUGGGAAAUCUUUCCAUUGAGGAAAUACUCAGCCGUGGCUCAUCUGUGUCUGACAAGGUGAAAGAAGAAACGGACGAACUACCUUGUGUGGACAAGAACUUCGUCAGAGCAAGACGAAAAUCAUUGAAAUCAUCGAAAAAAAAGCCAGGGAAAAAGAAGAGCACAUCUUUAGGGGCUCACAGUACUGCAACACUCACAAUCUUGCCCAAAUUUACCAAGGGCACCCAGAGUGCUCUACAUUCAUCAGCUGCUGGUGACAUUGAUGGGUUGAGUGCCUUUUGCCAAGGAGUUACUAUUCAUGAAAAACCCGGAGGCAAUUCCAAUGUGAAAAAAAGUCAAGACAAAUCCAAAUUGCACAAUACUCUGAGCUCUCAUCAAAAGCCGUCAUUUGCCAGUAAAAGCCUCAAUGCUGCCAUAGUAGAAUACAGUAGAAAAAAUGCCUCUUACCCCGAAGUUACUCUCCAUAAGAAGAAAACAAGCAACAGUAUUGAUGAAGACUCUGUGCGGUUGACAAAAGUGUACCUGUCUGAGAAGCAGUCUGGCCACAUCUCAGACAGUGGAACUACCUAUCCCUGCGCUCCCCCUGCAACUCCAACAGCAGAGCAAAUGAAGAAAUAUGAAUAUGUGCCAUCUCUUCACGACAUUCGUGCUCAAAGGUCGUUCCGCAACCGUUUACAGUUGAUGGAAACAAGGGCAGCAAAAAAAGAGAAAAAGAAACAAGAUGAAAACUUGCGAUUGGAGCAGUUGUCCAUGCGAGAAAGAAAGAUAGAAAUGAAAAGAAGGCAGCGCUUAGAGAUAUACGCCUUGAACAAGAUAAUGACAGAUCUGGAACACGAGAGAUUCCACCAGUUUAUGUCCUCUGCAGGAUCUAAUGUAUAAAAAUACCAUCAUCACGUUUUAACAUUAAUAUAAAAUUGCUGUUAUCAUUUCUUUUAUUGCCUUAGGAAUCUCAUGUGGAUUUAUAUUUUUCUGGUCUAAAAGGACAGGAUUUUUAAUGCCUUAACUGCUGCUUAUAAAAUAAGGAAUUGUCAAAAGGGGGGGGGGGGGUUAAUUUAUACCAUUGCCUCUAGUGUAAACUUUUCAUUUUCUUUUAUAGUAACAGAGGUUAAGCUCCUUAAAAUUUCUUUUGUCACUCAUGAAAUUAAAAUUGUCUUGGUAAUACUUAUCCUUCAAUUGUAGCACAAACACUCUCGUAUAAGGCAGGAAAUAGUCUCAUUUAUGUGCAGUUAAUGGGUGAAAUCAGGCCCAGGACAAUCUCAGGCAAAGCAGGGAAGGAGUUUGCAUAAUCUGAUUAGUUAUAUUGUUUUGUUGCAUCAGGUUAGAUUAUUGGGUUUGCCACCAAAAGAUUGUGAGUUUGAACCCCUCAGGGCCUGAUGUUAUGUUCUAGGCAAAGGUGCUUUACACAAAUUUUCCUCACUUCACACAAGUGGGAAAAGGUACCCAAACUCAACCAUAGACGGCGAAAGCCGCUUGGACUGUUCGCUACCCGUGGAGCUGAGAACAUUUUUUCUUGGGUCUUCUGUGGUAAUAAUAGUUGUAAAGUGCAUGGCUAUGUGCUAUAUAAAUUAAAUUAAUAUUAUUUUUAUUAUUAUUCUAUUUUAUUGGUGGUCACCUCCACCAUUUACUCAGUUUCAAGCACAUUUUUCCCUAAAUUUCAGAACAUUUUAAACGUUUGAGUUCUGAUGGCCAAUACAUCAUUGCCCUUUUUUUUUUACACUUUCCUUGAUUUGCCUGUCAGCCGAGUGCCCUACCAUGGCACCAGAUGCUUCUAUUGUCAGCUUUGCUCACUUCAAAGGGGUAGAUCUACACUUUUCAAACUUUGGCCUGUUCAGGGCAUAUUAUUAUAUUCUGUCCAUCAUUUUGAGCUCAUUCUUUGUGAAUCUCUUGUCUCCUAUUUGCACUCUUUUUCUGAUAUUAUUUAGGAAACACAAUUUCGGUGUUUUUGUAGUCCAAAUAUUGAUUAAACUGCAGAAAUGUGUUCUUGAAUAUUUCACACAUGAUUAUGUUUGUAGACAUAGUCUUAACUGAUGAAACUCAUUUCUUAAAAUGUAACUGUUUCCCAUUCUCAAGACUUACUGUAACAUUUAAUUUAGAAUUUUAUGCAAGUCCCUAACCAUGAACAAGCACAUAGCCUCCACGAUUAUAUCUUUGUGCUCAGUUGCAUCGUGAUCACUGAACGUGUGUCCUCAUUCUCUGUUACUGAUGCUGUAAAAGAAAAUAAAGACAGGCAUACCACACACACUUGGAAAAAGAGUUACAUUGUACCUAUCAAUAGCUUGGGGAGAGGUGGUGGUAUUGUGGUGUUAGUAAAACCUGUUUUUGGUUGUAUUGUUCAGGGCAUAUUAUUAUAUUAUGCAAUUCCUGAUAUAUUAUUUUUCUAAAGAUUACAUUUUUUAUUUCAUUCAUUUUGCUAAGUCAUUGUCUAUGGUGUCAAACUACGUGUGAGAAUCUACAAAUGCAUUGUGAAGGGUGAUUUAUGACUGAAGCAUUACCCAAACCUGUGUUUCUUUUGUAAAUUUAAUAACUGUAGGCCUACUGUACACAGAGUUUGCUUUUUUUCUGCACAUCUUUUAUUUUCGCGUUUUCCCCAUUUAGUUUUUCGUGAGCUUUUGAAAGUCUUAAUUUGAGUCUCCCAGUAUCAUUUCAUUCAGUGCAAUAGUGCCACUUUUAACAUUUUGCAAAUUAUUUUAUCCUCAAAUUUCUUUUGAAAUCUCAAAAUUUACAAAUUAAAGUCAUGUGCAGAAAAAAAAUGGAUACAGUAGGCCUAUUGUAUUGAUUUGUAUGCUGUCGUCAAGUUCUUGUCUGUGAAUCGUAUUGCAAACUUUUGAAGUUUCUCCAUAAUUUGAAUGGCUGUGAUCUUUUAUUACAAUAUGUUAUAUUAUUUUUAGAUCUGAUGUGUUCCACAUUUUGCAACAACUGUUGAGCAAAGUUGAUUGUCUUCUAUCUAUAUUGUUUUUACCAUGCAAAUUCAGUUUACAUAUAAUGGUUGUGAUGUGCAUGACACGUUUCAGGAAGCAGCCUUGUAAGAUUUGCUAGAUCAUGUAAUUUUUAACAGCACUGUGUCUAAAUAGUAACAGCUAAUGUGAAUUAGCUCAUCCUGUAAAUCUUUACUGAAAUAUGCAUUUCAGAUUGUCUACAAAUGCCUUCAAGCACUACAUCAAAAGCUGAGUUGCUUCUCUCAUUGCUACUCUGUGUCACUAUCAAUAUUAACAAAACAGUUUUAAGUCAAGAGUUUUGUACCUUAAUUUAUGUGGUGUUGUAUUGACAUGGCUUACCUUAUGAUCUCAAUAUGAGCUCAUGCCAAAUAUAAUAGGAGGACGUACACUUUUUUUUUUUACCUCUAUAAACACAAAAUUAUAAUAUGGAAAUUGAUAGAUGGUGAGUGUUUACGUUGUUCUUUUUCCAGAAACUCAAAAUAUCUUUGAGGAAGUGAAGUUUUCUUCCUUUGUAAUGUCUUCUCUCUAGGUGGAAAGCCUGUGGCAGUGCUCAUUUAGAUAAAAAGGAUAAAAUUUUCGAACAGUUUGCCUGCUAUAACAGGUUACUUUUGUUAAAUGGUUGGCUAAAAAAAAAAUACUAGUACAAUGUAGGUAGGGAUAUUUAUUUUAACCGACCAUGUAACAAUUUUUCAAAAUAUGCAUUCUGUUGUUGUGCCUGCUUGAAUUAUGGUAAAUCUGAAGUGAUUAUGAUAGAUACAAUUGAAUGUGUUUCAAUUUUGUCAUGACCAUUAUAUAGUCUUUUUCAUGAUCUCAAUGACUCUAAUCUUUAAGUAUUAUACUGUUGCGAAGGUUUUGUCCUAAAGCAUAAUUCGCCGUUUACCAUGUGUUGUUUAAUUUAAAAUCAAAAUGGGUUCACAAGCAGGUGGUUGAUGGGCGUUCUGUGGUGGUUGAUUAAUUCCUUCUGGUUCUCAUUCUCAGCAUUACUAGGUCUAGUCUGAACUUAUUGUUGGCAAAGUGUUCAAGUCUUUGCUGUUUCACAGUUUAAUUUGCUUGAUUAUGAAUGUCUCUUAUUUGUCUGGAGUAGAAAAAGCUCUAAAUAAUCUAACCUGUGUCAGUGGGGGUGUGAAGCAGUUACUAUCAUUGUAAUUGUAGUCCAUCAAAAUGUGGCUUCUUCCUUGUUGACGUACCAUAUACUGCAAAAAUGAACAACUCAUUAUGAUGGCAUACUACCCUUCAAUUUUUUUUUUAAGUUGACACACCAGAUGAAGUAGAAUUUUCUUUCGACCUUUUCUGAUAUGAUCUCCCACAGCACUUUGAGGAGUGGGCUCUCAGCAUAGUACAAAUUAAAUGUAGUAGACAUAUAUUUCCUUUGCUGCAGUUUCCUAAAAGUGUUUUUCAAAGUUUGCUUGCUUCUACAUCUCAUGGAUUUUUUAUGGGGAUAUUUUACUUUAUUUUUUAAAUGUACAAUGUGUCAUACAAAACAUGUUCUGGUCAUACCAGGUACAGACACAAAAACUUUUGAAUAUGAUCAGUAAGGCAGUAAGAGAGCAGCCGUGCUAUUUAUCUUUUUUUUAAACUUUUAAAAAAUAGUACUUUUGCAAAGUAUGAAUGGUAUAGAAUUGCAUGAAAACAGCAAUAACAUUCUGUGGAUGAUCUUUAUAUUUUUAAAACAAUGAAAUAUAGUACUCUUAUAAACAAAAGGAGUCGCUCAGAAAACAAA